AUGAAGUUUGUGACACUGUUGGCGCUCUUGGGUGUAGCUUUUGCAGCUCCUCAAGGAUAUGAUGUGACCUCUCCGUCUGGAGGAGGACUCACUCAUGGAGGAGCUGGAGGAAUCGGUGGUGGUGGACUAGGAGGCGCUGGUGGUGGCCAUGGAGGCGCUGGUGGUGGCCUUGGAGGCGGAUGUCAAGACGGGCAAGUCCUGCACGUCGAUGGAUCAUGCGUGACUCCUGUGGUUACCAGGAAGGUCUACUUAUACGAUGCUCCUGAGGUUCCAGAACGACCACUUGGUCUACCUCCGAGCGUGCCUCCUCCUCAGGUUGAACACAACAUCGUCUUCGUGCGUCUUCCCGAAGUUGCUCCUCCACCAGAGCCCGUCAUCAUUCCUCCACCGAGGCAGGAGAGCAUCGUUUACGUCCUCAAUAAGAAGGAAGAACAAGCUCAACAAGUCAUUGAAAUUGAAGCUCCUCCAGCAUCCAACCCUGAAGUUUACUUCGUCAACUACCAGGAUGGAGAAAACCCAACUCUGCCACUUGGUGUGGACCUCGAGACUGCCCUUAGUGCUGCUAGCGCCGCCGGUGGCCAAGUUCUCGGAGGCGCUGGGGGUCUUGAUGGAGGAGAAGGAGGAGUCGGCCUUGGUGGAGGCGCUGGGGGAUUCAUUGGAGGAGCAGGUGGAUUUAACGGAGGCGCAGGAGGCUUCAAUGGAGGCGCUGGAGGCUUUGAUGGAGGCGCCGGAGGCUUUGAUGGAGGUUUCAAUGGAGGCGCCGGAGGCUUCAAUGGAGGCGCCGGAGGCUUUGAUAGAGGCGCCGGAGGCUUCAAUGGAGGCGCAGGAGGCUUCAAUGGAGGCGCAGGAGGCUUCAAUGGAGGCGCCGGAGGAUUUGGAGGCAAUGGAGGAUUCGGUGGUGCCAACGGUGGUGCUCCUUCUGGUCUAUACUCACGACCAUAA